AUGCCUGAUGUGAAACUUGACAUCCGAUGCAUCUUAGAUAACCUCCAUCAAGGCCCCAGGACUAUCCACGCCAUACAAGCUAUCCGCGCUAUGAUUGACAAACACAGCGAAUCAGCUAUCUGGCUUGCUGGACACUCUUUGGGAGCCGCCCUAGUGUUGCUGGCCGGGAAGACCAUGAAAAUUUCUGGAUUCCUUCUCGAGAGUUACAUAUUCAACCCACCCAUCAUAUCUAUUCCUCUAGAGCAGCUACCUGGCGGCGUUCUACUUAAAGGUGUGUUUCGAAUCACCGAGAGCCUCGUCAAAGCUACUGCAGCUACUGUUACUAUGGCCUUAACUGAUCAACGGGUUCAAGAAGAUUCCAAAACAGCAUUGUGGAUACCUUAUUUAUAUGUGAAUCCAGCAGAUCCAAUAUGUGCAGGAUACAUUGAUUACUUCAAACACAAAAUCUUCAUGUCUAAGAUCGGAGCAAGCCACAUCGAGAGAAUCGGUUCUAGAAGCUCAUUUAGAAAUCCAUGGACCCGAAGAAUAGGAACAUCAUCAUCAUCAUCAUCACCACUGUCUGAUUUGUCAAUGGAACCUCUUCACCUUCUUCCAUCAGCAGAUAUGACUGUAAACAAGAACAAAUCGGCUUCGUCUAUGGCAGCUCAUGGGCUUCACCAAUGGUGGGAGCAAGACUCCGUCCUAAGGAAAAAUUGGAAAAACUGUUUGAUUAGGCCCGAUCCUGGAGACAAAUCUUGAAGAGUGCAUCAAAUGAUAAAUUAGAGGGCCAUAUAAUAAGGUUUUUUGUUUGGUUAAAUUGAUGUAUGCCUCUUAUUUAUGUUCUGCUGAUCGUUAGUUUGGAACACUCUAUCUACCCUUUUCCAUGGCACUAUGGUUCGUUUCCGUUCAUAUCUUGUUUUUCUGUCUUUUCCAUGUUUUGGAAUCAUUAAUUGAACAAAAAUGGAUUGUGGUUGGAUUUCAAUUUUAUUAUGGCCGGUUUUGGUGAGAUAUCCGACCUUUAAUGGUGUUAUGUUUUG